CUGAAGAAACUAUUUCACUCUUACCUUUAAGUAAUCAAAAUAAUGAAAGAGAAGUUAAUAAUCUAAUUGAACCUUUUGAUAAACCCUCAAACAAACGUUCUAAAAAUUAUAAAACAGGAAAUAGUGUUAAAAAAUUAAAAACACUUGAUAAAACUGACAAACUUAAAAGUUGGUAUGAAAAUG